AUGAUCCAACACUCUUCAUCCAACUGCGCCGAAAAGCCCUGGAGGUCCUACAACAUGAAAGAAGUCACUGUGCAGCUUCCCAAGCAACAUGACCGCCCAGAUGAGCCAUGGCAACGCCACAUAUCCAUUGAUCUCAUCUGGUAUGUCCUUGGAUACACAGUCUUCCACCCAUUCGUGUCAUGGGUGGUAGUCCUAUGCUUGCGCGCGCAAUACACAGCAUACGGCGCACCUGAGAUGCUCAUCGCGGUAGCCUGGUCUUUUCUCAUGAGCGCAAUCGGCAUAUUCAACAUCAUCAGCGAGCGCAUCGCAUUUGGCGCGCCGCGCGAAGUAGACUUGGCUGAAGAGGUCAUCGUCAUCACUGGUGGUGUUGAGGGACUGGGUGGCCUUCUGGCCGAGACCUACGGCAUGCGCAACGCCAAUGUUGCCGUGUUGGACGUCAAGAAGGUGGAUGAGGACGAGGCAGAGGAGAAGGGCGUGGUAUACUACCAGUGCGAUGUCAGCGACCCAAAGCAGAUUGAGGCUGCAGCAGCCAAGAUUGUAGAGGAUCUCGGCCCUCCAACAAUCCUCAUCAACAACGCCGGCAUCGUCCACAAGAAGUCCAUCCUCGACACCACCACCGAAGAAGUCGAACAAACCUUCCGCGUCAACACCCUCUCCCACUUCGUCACCCUCAAGACCUUCCUCCCACACAUGCUCCGCGAAGGCCGCGGCACAAUCGUCACCGUCUCCUCCGUCCUAGGCCACCUUGGCGCCGCCAAUCUCUCCGCCUACACCGCCUCCAAAGCCGCGCUCCUCGCGCUACAUCACUCCCUGCGCGCUGAACUCGCCCAGAUCCCCGCCGCCGCGGAAAUCAAAACCAUCCUCGUCACGCCAGGUCAGAUGAGCACGCAAAUGUUCGCCGACGUCAAGCCGCCGAGCAACUUCUUCGCGCCCACGGCGACGCCGGCGAUGCUGGCGAAGAGCAUCAUUAGGCUAGUAGAGAGGGGCGAGAGUGGCGAGGUGGCGAUCCCCAUGUAUUCGCAGUAUGUUGGGUUUUUUGCGAUACUGCCAGUGGGCGUGCAGGCGCUUGUGAGGAGGUGGAGUGGGUUGGACAGGGCGGUUGGGAAGGUGGGGCUCGGGGAGAAGGAGAAGAUGUAG